AUGGAGAUCCAUGACCAUCCAGGCAAAGCUAACAUAGUAGCAGACGCAUUGAAUCGAAAGAUUACCAGAAGUUUGGCUUGUACCCUCGUUCCCCGCAAGAUCAAUAGACUGCUUGCCAACAUAAUCAUGGAACUCACGUUGAUUAAAGAAAUUAGAGCACGCCAAUGCGAAGACAAACUUUUGAAGAAAAAGUACGAGGAGCAAAGAAGUACGCUCGAUCUUGACUUUACGAUGAGCAAUGGGAUGCUAAAAUUUCAUAAUCGAAUUUGUGUACCCGAUCUUCCAGAACUCAAGAAUAAGAUAUUGGUAGAAGCUCAUAGCUUGAGGUUUACGAUCCACCUUGGCAAUACAAAGAUGUAUCAAGAUCUGAAGGAAUGCUUCUGGUGGACAAGAAUGAAGAAAGACAUAGCAAGUCACGUCUCCAAUGCCUGCAUUGUCAAUGGGUUAAAGCAUAACAUCAGAGACCUGUAG